AUGCUUUGCUGUCUUGUUACAACAAUAAUUAUUUGUGUUAGAUGUUGUUGUGGUGGUAAUAAUCGAAAAAGACAUGCAACUCCAACUACUAUUCAAGUUCCACAACCUAUAUUUGUUCAUACAGGUCCAUCUGGUUAUCAACCUCAAUAUUAUCAACAACAAGUUCCUCCUCAAUCAUGGAAUUCUGUUAUGGUUCAAUCACCAGAAAGUCGUCCAAUGUUACCUCAACCAAGUGCACCACCACAACCAAAUGAUGAUAUUUAUAUUGAACAUGUGUCACCACCAGCCUAUGAAAAACUUUAUACAAGCAAAUAA